AUGGAUGAAGAAAUAUUAUCAAUACUCUUAGAUUAUAUCAUAGGUUUAAGUGAUAUCUUUGAAUUCGAUACAGAUAAACUAUAUUAAUUGAGAUGCAAAUAAAACUUUGUUCCAAAGAAAUUAUCAUUUAAACCAAAAAAUAAAUUGAUAAACUAGAUCUCUACAGAACUAAAUAAUUCAAUUAGCUUAAAAAUUGAUCUCUUAAGAGAUUAAUCUAGACAAUAGACUGAUGCUAUAAUGUAUAAAUUCAAUACUCAAGAUCAUACUCUCUAACAGCUUACUCAGUAAAUCAAUGAAAAACCAAGCCAAGAAGAUUUGUGUGAUAUCUAAAUGGAAAUACGCAAACUUUAAAGAUAAUAUGAAGGAGAUUUCAACAAGAUAUAAACACAAUUCAACAAUUAAUUAAUAACUAUUCAAGAAUCUCUUAAUACAUAUAUUAAUACUUAAGAUUUUCAUCUGCUUUUUGAAGAAUAGAUAAGUGAUCAUAUGACACAUCUCUAAGCCAAAUUUGCACCUAAAGAUAUAACCAUAUAAUAGUUAGAUCUCUUGGAAUGUAGAUUUCAUCAUACAAGUGAACAACUUAUAGAUCUUAAACGAUACACCAAUACUAAUAUUAAUGAAAUAAUCAAAAAAUAAGAUGUAUUAUGUAAUUGAUAAAUUUCCCUUUAGUUCAUUCUCUCAGACUUAACUACAACAGUUAAAUUACAUGAAUUUUAAGAAUUUGUAGAUUCAUCCAAAUUAUUUGCUACACAAUCACAACUUUCUUCCUUGUCAGAAUAAUUGUUGCCCAAAAUUAAAGAAUUAUCUGAUAUUGUAGACAAAGAUUUCCAAGAAGUAUAAGGAUUUCGUAAAAUAAUUAAAGCAACAGAUUAUGAAUUAUUAUAAAAGGCGACAAAAAUGGAUUUGAUAAUUUAAAAAAAAGAAUAAGAAGAUCAUAAACAUUUAACUUAAAAAAUGUUAAUUUAAAUUUAAGAUACCUAAAAAUAAAUCACUAAAUGUUAUCAAUAUUAUGAUGAAUAGAGGUUAUUAAUGGCUAAACAAUUAUCAGAAUAAAUUAUAUGUAGUAUUGAAGAUACUAUUAAGCUAAAUGUUAAUAAAUAAAUGGAAUUUUAUAAACUUGAAGAUGUUGCUUAAUAAAUAGAUCGUAUUAAAGAUUACUAAAAAUCUAAGGCUAAUAAAGUUGAUGUUUAAGAUGCAUUAAAACUUAAAUCAAAUUUAAAAGAUUUUUUAUCUCUUGAAGAUUAAUUUAAUGUUAUGAAUAAGACAUUCAAAUCUUAGAUGAAGAUAUUUGCAGAAUUUAUGGAAUUAUUUGGAAUUGAUACAGAUAAUGAAUCUAUGAAUUUUAAAAAGAAUGCAAUUCAAAAAUUAAUAUUUGAUACUAAAUCUCUAAGAAAUAACUACUAAAAAAGAAAUUAAUAAUAACUAACAGGAGUUGAAGAUUAACCAUCUACUACAAGGUAAAGUGCAAGUAAGAAAAAAAUUAAUACAUCCCCUAAAAGUAAUGGAGUUAAAUUACUACUUAGACCCUUAUUAUCAAAUACAUUUUCUGUUCAAUAGGCUAAAAGAAACAAAUUGAAUUUGUCAAUGAUUUCGUGA